CGCCUUCCCGCGGCAGAGUUAUGCCAAGUAUGUGAGGAGCCGGCGAGGGCCAGCGCCGGUCAUGGGGAGCCGCCGCCGCCUCCGCGAGCGCGGAUUUCUCCCCAGCGGGGCUCCGACCUCUCCCCCCGGCGGGGGUGAGCCUCGCGGCUAAGGCAGAGGGGAUGGCGGACCCUCUGAGGAGGACGCUGUCCAGGCUCCGGGGAAGGCGGGGUCCCCGCGGCACCGGGGGGCUAGGGCUCCGGGCGGCAGCCGCAGCUGCGGUGGCGGCCUCUUCGGCAGCCGCGGGAGACGCCUGGGGUGCCGCAGACACCCCCCAACGUGAGCACGCCGGUGGACACGGGCGGAGCCUACAGCAGCCCUCGCCGUCACCUGAUGCGUGGGGUCCCGGGGCGCGGGUCCCCAGAGGGCACCCGGAGCAGUUGGGGGCGCUUGGGCCUCGGCCGCGCGGCGGGCAGGAGGCCGCCCCCCGGAGCCAUGGGCUCGCUCACGCUCCUCCGCACUCCCCGGAGGGCUCCGAGGGCAGCGGAGAGGAGGAGGAAGACGACGAGGACGAAGACGACUACGACGCCGACUACUACGAAAACCUGCCCGGCGGCUCGCAGUCUGCGCCCGAGCCUGAGGGGGCGGAGGCUGAACGGCGUCCCCCGCCUCCCCCAGCGGCGGGCUCCUCCCUGGGGGCGGAGGGCGGCCGCCUGGAGACAGGCAGGCUGCGGACCCAGUUGCGAGAGGCCUAUUAUCUGCUGAUCCAGGCCAUGCACGACCUGCCCCCUGACUCGGGAGCGCGGCGGGGCGGCGGGGGCUUGGCGGAUCACAGCUUCCCCGCGGGAGCCCGGGCUCCGGGCCAGCCGCCUUCCCGCGGCGCCGCGUACCGCCAAGCCUGCCCCCGAGACGGGGAGCGGGGAGGCGGCGGACGCCCUCGGCAGCAGGUGUCCCCGCCCCGGUCGCCUCAGAGGGAGCCGCGGGGAGGCCAGCUGCGGACUCCUCGGAUGCGGCCGUCCUGCAGCAGAAGCCUCGAGAGCCUCCGGGUGGGUGCCAAGCCGCCUCCCUUCCAGCGGUGGCCGAGCGACAGCUGGAUCAGGUGCGGCGCGCACGGGGACUGGGACGAGCCCCCGCCACGUGGAGGCAGGAUGGACGGCUGGAGUGGGGGCCGCGCCCGGGCGGCUGCACCCACCGGCCUCCAGCCUCCAGGCUCCAAGGACCACGGCUGCUCCUCGGGAAGCCCUUUCAGGGAUCCAGCGGGGUCCUCUGUGAUACGCAGUGGCAAAGGAGACCGCCAGGAAGGCCCCUCCUUCCUCAGGCCGCCGGCAGUGACAGUCAAGAAGCUGCAGAAGUGGAUGUACAAAGGGCGUCUGCUGUCCCUGGGAAUGAAGGGUCGUGCCCGUGGGACGGCCCCCAAAGUCACAGGAACGCAGGCAGCCUCCCCAAAUGUGGGCGCUUUGAAAGUGCGUGAAAACCGUGUCCUGUCGGUGCCUCCAGACCAAAGAAUUACGCUGACAGAUUUAUUUGAAAAUGCCUAUGGGUCUUCAAUGAAGAGAAGAGAACUUGAAGAUCUGAAGGAUAAUAUUGAAUUCAGAGGUCAUAAGCCACUUAACAGCAUCACUGUUUCAAAGAAACGCAAUUGGCUAUAUCAGAGUACUCUGAGGCCUCUUAAUCUGGAAGAAGAAAAUAAGAAAUGCCAAGAUAGAAGUCAUUUAUCCAUCUCACCUGUGUCUCUACCUAAACAUCAGCUAUCACAGUCUUUCCUCAAAUCAUCUAAAGAGUACUGUACAUAUGUGGUAUGUAACGCUACAAACUCUUCAUUAUCGAAAAACUGUGCUUUAGAUUUUAAUGAGGAAAAUGAUGCAGAUGAUGAAGGAGAAAUAUGGUACAAUCCCAUUCCUGAGGAUGAUGACCUUGGUAUAUCAAGUGCCUUGAGUUUUGGUGAGGCAGACUCUGCUGUUCUGAAGCUCCCUGCUGUCAAUUUGAGCAUGUUGUCUGGCAGUGACCUGAUGAAAGCAGAGCAGCAUACUGAAGACUCACUGUGCUCUUCCGAACAUGCAGGUGAUAUUCAGACCACACGGUCAAAUGGAAUGAAUCCUAUAGAUCCUGCCCAUUCCACAGAAUUUGUGCAGCAGUACAAGCAAAAGCUAGGACACAAGACACAAGAAGGUAUAAUGGUGGAGGACAGUCCCAUGUUGAAAUCUCCUUUUGCAGGUUCUGGGAUCCUGGCUGCUACAAAUAGUACUGAAUUGGGAAUUAUGGAACCAUCUUCUCCAAAUCCUAGCCCUGUGAAAAAAGGCAGUUCAAUUAAUUGGUCAUUGCCAGAUAAAAUAAAAUCUCCACGAACUGUGAGGAAACUUUCCAUGAAAAUGAAAAAGUUGCCAGAAUUUAGCCGAAAGCUAAGCGUUAAGGGAACAUUGAAUUAUAUAAACAGUCCAGAUAAUACUCCUUCUUUGUCUAAAUAUAACUGCCGAGAAAUUCAUCAUACUGAUAUUCUGCCCUCUGGGAACACAACCACCGCUGCUAAGAGGAAUGUUAUAAGCCGAUACCAUCUUGAUACCAGUGUAUCCUCCCAGCAGAGCUACCAGAAGAAAAACUCUAUGACUUCUAAGUAUUCCUGCAAAGGUGGUUACCUUAGUGAUGGAGACUCACCUGAACUUACAACUAAAGCUAGCAAACAUGGAUCUGAAAACAAAUUUGGAAAAGGAAAAGAAAUAAUUUCAAAUAGUUGUAGCAAGAAUGAAAUAGACAUUGAUGCUUUUAGGCAUUAUAGCUUUUCUGAUCAACCUAAGUGUUCACAGUACAUAUCUGGGCUCAUGAGUGUACAUUUCUAUGGUGCUGAGGAUUUAAAACCACCUCGGAUAGAUUCAAAAGACGUCUUUUGUGCAAUUCAGGUAGAUUCAGUAAACAAAGCAAGAACAGCUUUGCUCACAUGUCGAACAACAUUUUUAGACAUGGAUCACACUUUCAACAUAGAAAUUGAAAAUGCACAACAUCUGAAACUAGUAGUAUUCAGUUGGGAACCCACUCCAAGAAAAAAUCGAGUUUGUUGUCAUGGAACUGUUGUUCUUCCCACCUUAUUUAGAGUGACAAAGACUCAUCAAUUGGCUGUCAAACUUGAACCUAGAGGUCUUAUUUAUGUGAAAGUGACUCUUAUGGAACAGUGGGAGAAUUCUCUUCAUGGACUAGAUAUAAACCAAGAACCAAUCAUAUUUGGAGUUGAUAUUCAAAAAGUUGUAGAGAAAGAAAAUAUAGGACUGAUGGUGCCCCUUCUGAUACAGAAAUGUAUUAUGGAAAUUGAAAAAAGAGGCUGUCAGGUAGUAGGCCUGUAUCGAUUAUGUGGUUCGGCAGCAGUCAAGAAAGAACUGCGAGAGGCUUUUGAGAGAGAUAGCAAAGCUGUUGGUCUGUGUGAAAACCAGUACCCAGAUAUAAAUGUAAUAACAGUCCAAUCACCAACUGUCUGCGGUUUGUUUUUUAAAGGUGUUCUUAAGGAUUAUUUAAGAGAACUCCCUUCUCCUCUGAUAACAAAGCAGCUUUAUGAGGCUGUAUUAGAUGCAAUGGCAAAAAGUCCUUUGAAAAUGUCAUCAAAUGGUUGUGAGAAUGACCCAAGUGACUCUAAGUACACUGUUGACCUGCUGGAUUGUCUGCCAGAGAUUGAGAAGGCAACCCUAAAGAUGUUGUUGGAUCAUUUGAAAUUGGUGGCUUCCUAUCAUGAAGUGAAUAAGAUGACGUGCCAGAAUUUGGCUGUGUGCUUUGGACCAGUAUUAUUAAGUCAGAGGCAAGAGCCUUCCACCCAUAACAACAGAGUCUUUACUGAUUCAGAAGAACUUGCAAGUGCUUUGGAUUUUAAAAAACACAUUGAAGUUCUUCAUUACUUACUCCAACUCUGGCCAGUGCAGCGUUUAACUGUCAAAAAAUCAACAGACAAUUUAUUCCCAGAGCAGAAGUCUUCUCUGAAUUAUUUGAGGCAGAAGAAAGAACGACCUCAUGUGUUAAAUUUGAGUGGUACUGAUUCAUCAGGAGUACUUAGGCCAAGGCAAAACCGAUUAGACAGUCCACUUAGCAAUCGUUAUGCAGGAGACUGGAGCAGCUGUGGGGAAAACUACUUUUUAAAUACAAAAGAAAAUUUAAAUGAUGUGGAUUAUGAUGAUGUCCCUUCAGAAGAUAGAGAAAUCGGAGAAAAUUAUAGCAAAAUGGAUGGGCCAGAAGUAAUGAUUGAACAGCCAAUUCCCAUGUCCAAAGAGUGUACAUUUCAGACAUAUUUGACAAUGCAGACAAUUGAGUCUACAGUGGAUCGAAAAAACAAUCUCAAAGAUCUACAAGAAAGUAUUGAUACUUUGAUUGGAAAUCUGGAACGUGAGCUCAACAAAAACAAGCUUAAUAUGAGUUUUUGAGAUUGAGGGUUUUUUUUUUUUGUAAUGUCUUAAAGUUUCAAAUCUGUUUUUGUUUUAUUUUCUUAUACCACCCACAGCGAUGUUUUCAUUUUUUUACUCUUGAAAUCUUUAAUUAAUUUUUAAUAAGUUUAUAUGAUUCAAUUAAAAACACUAUAUUCAUUAAUACAAUUUUUACUUAUCUCUCUAGAAAACUUUUCUGGGGAUCAAUAAAACUUGGACUUCUUGGGAUAUUUUACUAAAUCUUGCCAACUCUAUGGAGAUAACUUUCAAAUGCACUUAAGGAGGUUCACAUAAGUUAUUAGCCCCUCAAGGUUUUUCUGCUUUAUGGGAACCACUCUUCUGUAGCUGAGACAGAUGUCCUUUUUUUUUUGUUUUUUGAGACAGAGUCUCACUCUGUCGCCCAGGCUGGAGUACACUGGUGCGAUCUCAGCUCACUGCAACCUCCACCUCCCUGGUUCAAGUGAUUCUCCUGCCACAGCCUCCCGAGUAGCUGUGAUGACGGCGCCCACCACCAUGCCCAGCUAAUUAUUGUAUUUUUAGUAAAGACGGGGUUUCACCAUGUUGGCCAGGCUGGUCUCGAACUCCUGAUCUCAGAUGAUCCGCCCACCUUGGCCUCCCAAAGUGCUGGGAUUACAGGCGCGAGCCACUGCGCCUGGCCUCUAGAUGUUCUUUUAGAGGAACAUCACAGCUGCUCAGUCUGAUUUGCAGUACUGGUCCUGGUACACUGCAACAUCCUUUGGUCAAAUUUUAUUUGUAAUGCAAAUGCUGCUAUAAGAAAAUCUUUUUAUAAAUAAAAGUGAAAUUAUACAAGUAUUAAUGUUUUCUGUAUUAACAGUAAUUAUUUAAGCUUAUAAAAAUUAAAUAUUUUUAUAAUCCUGAAACUGUAUAUAUUUAUAAAUGCAUAUAUGUAUAGAUAUCAGGAUGGGGGAGGGAUUAUUGUAGAAUCACAUGUAUUUUUAAAGUAUAUAUGUCAUGAGGCCAAAAUUAUUAUCUUAAAGUAUUUUUUUCAGGGAAAGAACAUUUAAAUUAAAGGAGGAAUUACAUAAAAACACUUGAACAAUAAUACUCUAGAAGCAUCUGAAUAGAAAUAAUAGACUUUCUUUCCUUUAUUCACAGAAAGUCACAAUGUCCCCUGGGAAAAGUCAUCUUUUAAAUUUGAAAUCCUCUAACUCCUUAAGGGAUUAAGUACCCAGAUUUCUGCACUGGUGACUUAGAUUUAAUAAAUCUGCCCCUGUUCUAUGCAUUUUUAUAUUCUGCUUUGUUUUAAUUAUUUAUUUGUAGUAGUACAUUUAUAACAUUGACUUUAUAAUUACCCCCAUUUGUUUCUAAAUAGUCUUGCCAGCAUAUUACAUGUUACUGAUUUUUUAAAAUUAACUUAUUUUGGCUAAGUAUAUAUACAAUGUUAUAGAAUCACAGUAAUGUUUGAAAAUGUAAAUUUAGAAGGCUUUUGUAUUAAAUCAAAAUGUAUUUUUUUAAACUUCUAUAUCUACAGAAUAUGUAAUUUUAAAAUUAUAAAUAGACUUUAAGUUACCAACUUUUAAGAUAUGGCAGCCAUUGAAAAACUGGCUUCCUGAUGUUUUUCUAAAUAUUAAAGUACUUAAAAUAUUUCUAUGCAAUAAAUAUUGAUAAACAGACAUUAUUUAAUUUGAAAACCCAUUGUUAAAAAAGAUAAAUAUUUUUAUAUGAAAUUUUCAUUUUUUAAAACUUUGUGUUAACAGUUCAGAAGAAUACCAAGAGAACAUAUAUAUUGAGUAAACAGUCAAAGGAAAGUACUCUUGAAUGUUUUAUAGGAAAGCUGUCUCAGUUUCCUUCCUUUUGUUGCUAUAUCAUGUAUGAAUUGAAUAAAUUGCUCUAGAAAUGUAAAAAUUUUAUUAAAAUAUUAUAAUCUUCGUGUUAUGCUAUUAAUUAUAAUGGUUUUAAGGAUCACUUAUUUUAAUAUUCUUUUUAAACAAAGGUGUUAAAAUUUUGGACCAUCAUGUAUUAUCCAUCAAUAUAUGUAAAUAACAUUUAUUUGUCCAAAAUUUUCCAGAAUCUGAAAUACUUUUAAGGGCCAUGCUUGUAUUACUAUAUUACUAUAUUAUUUUGGAUGAGAAUAGUUUUAAAGUUGAUCUCUGCCCUCUUAGAGAAUUCUAUCAUUUUUUUGUUGUCUAAUCACCGAGUUAUAGCUAUAAACUGCUUUUAUUGACUCUGCUGUACCAGAAGUGUUGGAUAAGUUUAGAUGUCUUUACUUUAAAUGGCAUUUUACUUCAAAUAUUUUUUGCGAGUUUUUAUACCUGCUUUUUAUAAUUUCCUAGGAUCUUUCUGUAGUGUCAACUGUUGCUCCUUUCUGAGGCUGCCAGCUUUAAUUUUUCUUUUUCUUUCUUUUUUUUUUUUUUUUUUAAUAGAGACAAGAUCUCAGUAUAUUGCCCAGGCUGGUCUCAAAUUCCUGGGCUCAAGCGAUUCACCCGCCUCAGCCUCCCAAAGUGCAAGGAUUACAGGCGUGAGCCACUAUGCCCAGCCCCUAAUGUUUUUUAGGAUUAAAAACAAUUUUAAUUUUAGAGCAUGUACCUGAAUAAAAAUUCUAAACAAUUCAGAUGGAUAGAAAAUAAAAGUACAAGUGUUUCUGUCUGCCAUCCACACCAAUUUCACCUCUUAGAGGUUAACAGCACGUUUCUUGCUGCUGUUUCUUAUCAUUUAAGCCAAAUUUGUCAUUCUAUGAAUGAUAAACAAUUUAUCUCAUUUCAUUCCUUCUCACCAUUUUUGUUAUGUUUUUAGUUCAUUUGUUCUCCUUUAUAACUGUAGUUAAUAAUUUUUUUGAUCCAUUGAUUUUAAAUAUAUUUCCAUAACAUUGAGGAAAUGACCAACCUUGUACUUCCCUUCCAUUACUGUCCUUUACCUCCUAACUUCUCUUAAGUUAUACUAUUAGUUUAUAUAAUCAGUUUUAAUAGAUGUAUAAUGUUUUCCCUCUAUACUGUAUAUUUAUUUGUAUAUUGUAUAUACCGUAUACUGUAUAUUUAUUCUAAACACUGCAAAUCAGUAACUAGCAGUCACACUAUGCAAAAGUAUGCACAGGUAAACCAGGUGAUUUAUCUCCUUCUAUGUAUCUAUCUUAUAUCCUUAAGUCUGUGCUGAUUUAAGCAGAAUGUUUCACGCAUAAAGGCCAAAUGGAUUCUUUUAUAGCCAGUUGUUAACUUCCCCAAAUCAUGCCAUGUGUCAUUUGCUACGUAAUUGGGUCAUGGCUUUUGCAUACCUUAAUGGUUCCUGGAGUAAGUAAUUGCUUUUAUUUCUUUUUUUUUUUUUUUUAAUCUUUCAAUAGAGACGGGGUAUUGUUAUGUUGCCAGGACUGGUCUCAAAUUUGUAGUCUUAAGCGAUCCUUUCCGCCUCAGUCUCCCAAAGUGCUGGGAUUACAGUAUGAGCCACUGCUUCCAGCCUGCUUUUAUUUCUCGACAGAAGAAAAAUACUUGCUUUACUGUAGCUCUUCUUUUAAUCAUACUAUUGAAUUACCAAAUUUGUUCAGAGUGCUUUUAGCUCUCAUCUUGGGAUUCUGGAACUAUAUUCUUGUUUUAUUUUUCUUUGACAGAAUUGAUAGGAAGGAAGGAAGUAUAUUCUUCACUCUAACCCCAAGAUCAUUUUAUGCUUCUUAAUCAGCUUCAUCGAAUUUGGACAAAGUGAUUUUUAGCUGUCAUCUUGGGAUGUAUUUUCUUUGUACUCCUAUUUUUUUCUUUUCUUUUCUUUUUUUUCUUUUUUCUUUUCUUUCUUUCUUUUUUUUUUUUUUUUUUGCUGCAUUUCUUGAAUUUGUCUUUUCUGUUUGCUGAAGUAUAUUUACAGGUGCCUUUUUUUCCCCCAGAAAGGGUGCAUGGGAGAGAAACUAGGAGUCCUUGUGUGUUUGACAAGGCCUUUAUUUUUUCCUCACACUUUAUUUUUAUUGGGCCUGCAGUUCUAUGUUCAAACUCAUUUUUCUUUAGAAUUUUGAAGACAUUUCACUAUUACCUUCAAGCAUCCAGUUUUGCAGUAGUCCAGGCUAGAAAGAUUCGGACCAGGAUAGAAACAAUAGAGAUGGUGAGAUAUGGUUGGAUUCUGGAUAUAUUUUGAAGCAGGAGCCAAAAGAAUCUGCCAGUGGACUGUGAAAGGAGUAGGGCCUGAGCAGCUGGAUAGAGCGCCAUCAAAUGAGAUUGAAAUGACUCCAUGUUUUUUCAGUGAGUUCCUUCUGUUGGACGUUGGUGUUGUUAAUACAGUAGUUAUUAAAAUGUCUUAUAAUGUCCUGUUAACGAUUAGUACUAAUGCCUCUGUACUUGGUGAUGGUGCUCAUAGAGUUACUACUAGAAUAAGAAGGCCAGAAGACUUCAUCUAUAUCUUUUGAUUUUUUUUUUUUUUUUUUUUUUUUUUUUUUUUUGAGACGGAGUCUCGCUCUGUCGCCCAGGCUGUAGUGCAGUGGCGCGAUCCCGGCUCCUGCAAGCUCCGCCUCCCAGGUUCACGCCAUUCGCCUGCCUCAGCCUCCCGAGUAGCUGGGACUACAGGCGCCUGCCACCAUGCCCGGCUCAUUUUUUGUGUUUUUUGUUUGUUUGUUUGUUUUGUUUUUUGUUUUUUAGUAGAGACGGGGGUUUCACUGUGUUAGCCAGGAUGGUCUCGAUUUCCUGACCUCGUGAUCUGCCUGCCUUGGCCCCCCUAAGUGCUGGGAUUACAGGCGUGAGCCACCGCGCCCAGCAAGACUUCAUAUAUAUUUAAUAAUAACUGUCUGGACCCUGUCUCUACUAAAAAUAGAAAAAAUUAGCCAGGUGUGGUGGCGGGCGCCUGUAGUCCCAGCUACUCGGGAGACUGAGGCAGGAGAAUGGCGUGAACCCGGGCGGCAGAGGUUGCAGUGAGCCGAGAUUGCGCCACUGCACUCCAGCCUGGGCGACAGAGCGAGACUCCGUCUCAAAAAAUAAAAAAUAAAGAACUGUCUGGAAAAUUCCAGAUUAUGUAGCUUUACAUGUUAGGGACCCUAAAGAAACAAGGUUGAGUACUGGUGGGGUCCCUGAAAAGAAUUUAGUUUCCAGACCACAGAUUGACUUUGAUGGUUAAGAUUUUAUAAAUUAAAUAUAUCAAUUUUUAGGUACUUUGGUAUGAUAAAGUUGUAUUAUGAUUAAUAAUAACAAGUCUUAAUUUGAGGCUUACUCACUUGAGGACUUUGGUACGAAAAUGCUCUUUUGCUGUUUUUCCUGACCAAGUUUCAUUCUGAAUGCAAAAGGGUCAUAUUUGAUAAACACUGAAGUGCCACAAGUCAGAUUUCUUGAUUGCAUUCUGCCUCAGCCUGAAAUGGACUUGCUAACUCAGGCAGAAAUUGAAUUUAUUGAGAAAAUAGUGUAUCAAAGGGAAGACUUUGAGGGUGCUGAAAGUCUUUUAUAUUUUGGUCUAGGUGGUGGUUUCAUAGGUGUUUACCUGUCAGGUUGCAUACUUAAGAUUUGUGCCCUUUAUAUGUCAUACCUCUAUUUUUAAAUUUUUUUUUAAUGGGCAAGCUUGAGAAAUAGACUUGGAAAAGAAACAGAAACUAAGAGAGGCUAGGUCGUCAGAAUGACAGCAAUCAAGGCCAUACCUGGUUAUGACACUGCUGUUGCUGUCACUGUCACUAAGCAGCCUCAUGUACUCCCCACUGGAGUUAGUUAGAAAACAUCCUCAUUCUCCAUUACUCCUGAUUCACAGUCCCAGACAGAAGCAUGAGAUUGUACUCCAGCUUCCAGGAGGCAGAGAGGAAUUAGCUUGCAUCCUUUCUUAGAAUUUGCAUAGUAAGUAGAUUCUAUGAUCACAGAAGGAGAUUUGGAUGCUGAGCAGGCAAAACAGUGACAAAUAUACACUACACUUUCCUAAUCAUCAGAACCCUGUUGCUCCAAAAUUGGAGUCUUUCUUACCCUGUCCCCCCUGUAUAUCCCAGCCAUCAACAGGUCUAAGUGCUGUGUGUCUUAAACUGCAUUGGAGUUUGUCACUGCUAAUACCCUAGUCCAAGCCACCAUCAUCCCUCAAUCUCAUAUUUCCUCUCUGCUAUCACUCUCCCCUCUCUACACCCACGAUCCAGUCUAUUCAUGGAAGCUACUAUGAAAAAGAUAUACUGCAUCAUUUCCUAGGCCUUCUCCCUUGCUCCCCGGCUCUAGCAACACUGGGGACCCUCAUUGCUGUCUGAGGCUCUCUGCUCUUGCCAUUGCCCAUGUCUGGAAAGCUCUUUAUCCAGAUGUUACUUAAGCAGUUUCUUUUUGUCAUUCGCUUCUCUGCUCAAAUGUCACUUCAAAGAGCCUGCUUCUGAACAGCCUGCUGUGAGAAUAAGGGGAAGAAGCAGAUGGAGAUUUCUGGUUUUUUUUGUAAUAAAUGCUAUUAAUAAAUACUUAUGGUACUAUCUGACUAACCUGCAGAUAUUUAUCACUUUGGUAAAUGUUUACAUUUAAACCAAAUUUAAGAAGAAAAAUGUUUAAAAAACUACACCCACAUCCAUUGUCACUUUUUGUCAUAUCACCUGGGCUUAUCUUCAAGGCUUUAUCAUUAUCUGAAAUUAUCUCAUUUAUUUAUUUGUUUAUUCAUUUAUUGUCUAUGUCCACUCCUCUAGAAUGUAAUCUCCAUGGCAGCAGGGACUUUGUAUAACAAUCUAGUUCAUUGCCAUAUGCCUAGGGACUAUAACAUAGAAGCUGUUCAAUUAAUUGUUAAUCAAUGAAUAACUGUAAUAAGAUACUUGAGAAUGGUUGUCUUUUUGUUAGGAAAAGACUAAGUACUAUAAUCGCAAUGUCUCCAUAAUUUUAAAAAUAUUCACUCCUGAGUAAUAAAUUAUUUGUGGUUAAGAGA